GUGCCUUUCAUAUACAUCAAUGUUACCUUAGCAUAUCUCAUAUCUUUAUUAGGCUUGUCAAUCUACCGAUCUCACCUAAUAUCAUCCCUACUAUGUUUGGAAGGCAUAAUACUAUCACUGUUCAUCAUGACAACACUAAUAACCUUAAACCUUCACCUAGUACUAAUGUACAUAAUACCCAUUGCCCUCCUAGUGUUCGCCGCAUGUGAGGCCGCAGUGGGCCUAGCUUUGCUAGUCCUGAUCUCCAACCUGUAUGGCCUAGAUUAUGUACAAAAUCUAAACCUUCUACAAUGUUAA